AUGCGGCGGGGCCGGGCGGUGCUGCGGCUCCCGCUGCUGCCGCCGCUGCCGCCGCUGCUGCUGCCGCUGCUGCUGCUCUGCCCGGUGCCGGGGCAGGGUGGGGAGUGCGGGAGCGGGAGGACGACGGCGGCGGGGGGGUGCUGCACCCCCUGUCCCCCCGGCUUCGGCGUCACCGAGCCCUGCGGCCACGCCGACACCCGCUGCCAGCCCUGCGCCCACAACCGGACCUUCUCGGCGGUGAGCAGCGCGGUGGAGCCCUGCCAGCCCUGCACCCCCUGCCCGCUGCUGCCUGCCCGGCCCUGCACCCCUGCCCGCGACGCCCUCUGCACCCACGAGGACCUGGAGCGCACGGAGGGGGAGCCGGUGACGGGGGACCCCUCGCCCGCCACCCCCGAGUUCGUGCCACCGCCGCCCGAGGCCACCGGCAGGGACAUCAUCCCCGUCUACUGCUCCCUCCUGGCCGCCGUGGUGGUGGGACUCCUCGCCUACGUGGCCUUCAAGUGCUGGCACACGUGCAGGCAGAAGCAGCAGCUGGCCAAGGCGCGGGCAGGGGACUUGGGGACGUCACCCGAGGGGGAGAAGCUGCACAGUGACAGCGGGGUCUUCCUCGACACCCACAGCCUGCAGGAACCCCACCAGCCCGGCAAGGCCCCCCGCCCCGAGGGGCACCCGUUCAGCGCGGUGCCGCCGCAGCGGCAGGAGGAGCUGGAGCGGCUGCUGGAAAGCGGGGGUCCCGGGGGGGAUUGGCGCAGCCUGGCCGCUCGCCUGGGCUUCGGCCCCGACGCCAUCGGCACCUUCGGCCGGGGUCGGGCACCCGCCCGCACCCUGCUCAGCGCCUGGGCCGGGGGCGAGGGGGCCACCCUGGAGACCCUCUGCCAGGCCCUGGCCGCCAUCGGCCGGCAGGACGCGGCCCGGCGCUUGGCGGGACCGGGGGACGCCACCUCGGCGGUGUGA